CUAUUAAAAAGCUUUUCAUGGCUCUUAAGGCCAUGAAAGAAAACUCUUCCUCUUCUUCUUCUUCUUCUUCUUCUUCUUCUUCUUCUUCUUCUUCUCAACAAUGGAAAUAUGAUGUUUUUCUUAGCUUUAGGGGUGAAGAUACCCGUAAGAAUUUUAUCAGUCAUUUGUGUAAAGAGUUUCGUCAAAAAGGAAUCAUAAUAUUCAAGGAUGAUCGAGAACUUGAGAAAGGGGAAACUAUUUCUCAAGAACUCCUCAAAGCAAUUGAAAGCUCCAGAAUUUCUCUUGUCAUCUUUUCAAAAAAUUACGCUUCUUCAACAUGGUGUUUGGAUGAACUCGUAAAAAUUUUAGAAUGCAAGAACUCUGGCAACCAAAUAGUUUUGCCCAUUUUCUAUGAUGUGAAUCCAUCAGAAGUUCGAAAACAGAAUGGGAGUUUUGAAAAUGACUCUGAACAUUAUCAGCAGAACGACGAGAGGGUGCAACGGUGGAGACUUGCUAUGACUCAAGUGGCCAAUCUUUCUGGAUGGAAUUUACAAGACAGGUCAGAAUAUAUCCCAUUGCUUUUAUUAGAUGUGUGCGGUGUGUACAAUGGAGUUUAUCACAUAAAAAAUAGGCUAUCUCGGAAGAAGGUUUUGGUCAUUCUUGAUGAUGUUGAUGAGUUGGAGCAAUUAGAAUUAUUAGUUGGAAAAAAAGAUGAAAACUGGUUUGGAGUUGGAAGUAGAAUCAUAAUAACGAUAAGGGAUGAACAUUUGUUGAUCCAACAUGAAGUAGAUCAAAAAUAUAGGGUUGAAGAGUUAAAUCAUCAUGAAGCCCUUCAACUCUUUUGCUUGAAAGCCUUUAAGAACGAUUGUCCACCACAAGAUUACAUGGAAUCUAUGAAAGAAUGGAACAGUGCAUUGAAGAGGUUGAAAGAAAUUCCCAAUGAAAACAUUCUAAGUAAGCUUGAAAUAAGUUUUGAUGGAUUGGAGGAAAUACAAAAUAUAUAUAUAUAUAUAUAUAUAUUUCUUGACAUCGCAUGCUUUUUAAAAGGAAAAAUGAAACGUUAUGUGAUGAAAGUACUGGAAAGUGGUGGAUUAUACCCAGAUAUUGGUAUAAGGGAGCUCAUUGAUAAAUCUCUCAUUACUAUUUCAGACAACCGAGUGUGGAUGCAUGAUUUGCUUGAAGAAAUGGGUCAAGAAAUUGUUCAUCGAGAAUGUCGAGAAGAGCCUGGACGAUGUAGUAGACUAUGGCAUUAUAAGGAUGUCGGUCACAUCUUAAUGAAUGAUACAGGAACAAAUCUAAUUGAAGGUGUAGUCCUGGAUUAUAUGUUUGAUCAAGGAGACAGAUACAUGACUUCUAAAGCCUUAUGGAAGUUGAAAGCUCUCAGAUUGCUCAUACUUCGCAAUUUAAACCUCUCCAAAGACAUUGAAUAUCUUUCCAAUGAACUAAGGUACUUGGAAUGGCGUGGGUAUCCUUUCAAAUCUUUGCCACAAACUUUUCAACCAGAUCAACUUAUGGUUGAGCUCCAUUUGUCUUAUAGCAUAAUUGAACAAUUAUGGAAGGGAGUAAGAUUGUUGAAGAUAAUUGAUCUUAGUUACUCCAAAAAUUUAAUCAAGACACCCGACUUUAGAGAGAUCCCAUUUCUUGAAGAGUUGAUUCUUGAAUGUUGUGCCGGAUUACUUGAAGUACACCAUUCUAUUGGACUUCUAGAAAGGCUUGUUUUACUGAACAUGAAGUAUUGCAAAAGCCUUACAGCUCUUCCAAGUAGCCUGUAUAAUUUGAAGUCUCUUAAAAUUUUUAUAUUAAGUGGCUGCUCAAAUCUUGAAGAAAUUCCAGAUAACAUAGGGGAUAUGACAUCUGUGGAUGUGUUUGAAAUAGUAGGAAUCGGUUCAACAUCAUUGCCAUUAGCUCAGCCAUGGGAUUGUCUUUGCCCUUGGUGGCCAAUGCCUAAGAAACCUACACCUGCCAUGUCCUUUGAGUUGCCUUCUUUAAGAGGUUUUUGCAUUCUUAGGAGACUUAAUCUAAGUCAUUGCGGUCUUACGGAUGCAAUGAUUCCUUAUGAUCUAAGUUGUUUCCCAUUUUUACAAUAUCUAGAUCUAAGCGGAAAUGAUUUUGUAAGCAUGCCUGAAAGCAUUAGUCAACUCUCUAAACUCUUUGCUGUUCGUUUUAGCAAUUGUAAGAGGAUUCGAUCAUUUCCAAAUAAUCUUCCUUCGGGUCUCAAACAUCUUAGUAUGGAGGGCUGCUCUUGCUUGGAAACUUCACUAACUACAAGCAUAAGUAGAAAUUUUAAACUUGAAAACCUUCACUUCGUUGAUUGCAAGAAGCUUCAGUCCUUGCGUUAUUUUUCAUCAACCGUUUUACAACUUAGUGCGGAAUGUCUAAAUACACAGGAAAGUAUUCCAAAUCCAUUUGAAGCAAGCACUUCAAGAACUUCAUCGUUCACUCUUAUAAAAUGGGUAAGGUUGAUUGAGAUUCAAGGCCAAAAUCGUACGCCACUUGCAAGGCUAAUGAGUUACCUACAUUUCUUAUUGAUGCAUAACUCUCCCUCUCUGGGACUCCUUAGUGCAAACACCCUUAUAUCAUUGUGUUUAGCCUCAAGUGAAGUUCCUGUGUGGUUCAACAAUCAAGGCUCGGGGUCUUCAUUAGAAGUGCAGCUACCUCCUUAUUGGUUGAAUUGCGGAUGGGGAGGAUUCUCUUUAUCUGGAGUUUUUAGAUCACAUCAUGAUCAGCCUCCUUCAGUGGAUACUUGUACUGUUGUCUGUGACUUGCAUGCAUACAAUUUGCCAUCGGAACAAAGUUUGUUUCUAGGUCGCUGUACGAUGGAAAUCGCUCAAGAUUUAUGCAUCACUUCUGAUCAAAUUUGGGUUAGCUCCAUAACUUGUCUAGAUCAGUUGGAAGGAUGUAAUCAACUUAAGGCGUCAUUUUUUUCAGACCAGUUAGAGGUGAAGAAUUGUGGACUUCGUCUAAUAUAUUAUGAGGAUGAAGAUGUUAAGGAAUUAAUGUUGUGCGAUGAGCCUUUUGAGAAUUUGGGUCUCCUAGGAAUAACUAUUGCAGAGUGGUCUCCUAACUUCUUUAUUUGGCUAAGUUCUUUUGUUGAAGAAUUCACAUCCAUUGAUGACUAUACUUCCAAGAAAACAUGUUUGGAUGCUGGACGAAUUCUAGUUUCUACUUCUUUGCUUAAGUUUGUACACAAAAAGGUUGCUGAGGACAUGGGAGAAGCUAAAUUUCACAUAACUCUAAUUAAAUAUUAUUGUGAAGUGAUGCCCACCUCUAUGACAUGCAAGCCACUUGUAACUUCUUUAGAAGAUUCAUCUACUAGCUCUCCCUCAGCUUUGCAUGUAGAUCAUUUCGCUUCAAGUCCACAGUUGAGCUCAUCUAACAAUGGGUUAGGAAGCCAAGACAAAAAUGGCAAUACACUGGUGGCUUCAUUUUUUGAGAAAGGGAAUAACAGUACUGAUAUUCAUUUAUCCAAUCAAACCACACUUAGGUUACGCUUGAUAUAG